GUGCACAUCUAUUUCGAUAGAAUGAAGUGUGCAGGUUAUGUAAAAUAUUGAAUUGUUUGAAAGUAGAAAGGAUUGCUGUACAUAUUGUUAACAAGAGCUUGCGAUGGUAUUCUUGAAUCUUCCUUUGUUGGUGAGGUCCCGAGGACCUGAUGAGUUCUGGCGAAAAAGACGCAUUUUCAAGCUUGCUGCGCAUUAUCGCAGUCGUACGCGAAAUGUUUACACCUUUGCCAUACGUAGCGUACAUCGUGCGCUCGCCUACGCAACCAAAGGUCGCAAGCUCAAGAAACUGGAUAUGGUUCAGCUGUGGAAUACGCGACUUGAAGCCGGUUGCCAACAGUAUGGAGUUGCAUUGGACACCUUCAAGGAGGGCCUUGCCCGUUCUGAUAUAUUGCUGAACAAGUCAGUUGGGAGAAAAACUCUGUCGGAUUUGGCUAUUUGGGAGCCACGCUCGUUUGAGGCCUUGGUCAAUAUUUCUCGGGAACGUGCUGCCGUCGAAGGCAUCCCGGACAUUAAGAGAAGGUCUGCCUUUAAUCAAGUCUACGGAUUGAAUAAUCUAAAACUGGAUUAGUUUUUAAGUUCCUAGAUACAAAUAUAGUUUUUAUAUGUUAA